AGGCUCCGUUCACUACCUACCCGGGAAAAUCAUUUCAUAGCCACGUUCACCCAAACCUGAAUGCUCCCCCGCUUCUCUCCCCUCCUCCGCACCCUCCACCCGCAUUUCCCCGCCGACCCCAUGGCGGCGCGCGCCGUUUCGCGCUCCUUAUCCUCCCCCAUCACCGCCUACUUUCGCCACUCUUCUUACUCGACUCUACUUCCAUCUCCAAUCCGUUUAUGCGCCUCGCCCUUGUGUUUGGACUCCUCGGUGUUCGGUUGGAGGCUCAGCGAUUCGCGACGCGAGGAUCCGAGCGUCCCGAGAGGCCUUUUCGAAAAGUUGUUUGCGGCAGAGAGAGGGUACAGGAAGGUGCCGCGGGGGAGGCGGAAGCCGGCGAGGAGGAAGCGGAAGGAGUUGGAGCUGAUUGUCGAUAUUUGCAUCGAAGAACAAUUGCCUGACGAUUCGGAAAUUUCGGGUAUUGCAGAAAUACUCCGUCUAAAUGCUCCGAUGGCAAUGAAGUUGGCACUUGGUCGCCUAAAGGAUCUGAAGUCCAAAACAAGAGAUCUCGCUAUAGAUGAUGUUGGUUGUUUCGAAAGUGUUGAGUUAUCAUUAGUUCUUUGCAAUGAUGAGUUCAUUCGCCAACUCAACAAGGAAUGGAGGGAUGAAGACCAUGCUACUGAUGUUCUUUCCAUGUCGCAACAUGUUCCUGAACUUAAAAUUCCAAUUCUCAUGUUAGGGGACGUUGUAAUUUCUGUCGAGACAGCUGCGAGGCAAGCAGAGGAAAGGGGGCACUCUCUUGUUGAUGAGAUACGCAUCCUAAUGGUACAUGGGUUGUUACAUCUCUUGGGGUUUGAUCACGAGAUUAGUGAUGAAGCUGAAGCAGAAAUGGAGGAGGAGGAGGAAUUGCUGUUGAAGACUCUUGGGUGGAAGGGGAAAGGAUUGAUCCGAAGUGCUUAUGAUGCUGAUACACAUGGAACUACUCAUUUGGAUAACACAGAUGGUAAUUUCAAUGACAGGAAGAAACAAGGCAGUCUACGAUUCUACAAGCCAAAGUUUAGCUACAUCUUCUGUGAUAUGGAUGGCACACUGCUGAACAGCCAAAGCCAAAUUACUUCAACUACGGCACAAGCUCUGAGAGAGGCCUCUUCAAGGGGUCUCAAAGUGGUGAUAGCCACUGGUAAGACUCGUGCAGCUGCCAUAAGUGUUUUAAAGAUGGUAGACUUGGCAGGAAUAGAUGGUAUUAUUUCAGAGUUUUGCCCUGGAGUCUUUGUGCAGGGAUUGCUUGUUUAUGGCAGACAAGGUCGGGAAAUCUUUAGAAGCAAUUUAGAUCCUAGUCUCUGCAGAGAGGCAUUUACUUACUCUCUGAAGCAUGAAAUUCCACUUAUUGCAUUCAGUGAGGAUAGUUGCUUAACAUUAUUUGGUCACCCUCUUGUGGACACACUUCACACUUUAAAUCAUGAGCCUAAGGCGCAGAUCAUGCCUUCCAUUGAGCACCUCUUGGCUGGGAUUGACAUACAGAAGUUGAUAUUCUUAGACACUGCCGAGGGAGUGGCCACUGCACUGCGGCCCUUCUGGGCGGAAGCUACUAAAGACCGUGCUACUGUUGUGCAAGCUGUGCCAGAUGUGCUCGAAAUUGUACCCUCUGGAACAUCAAAAGGAAAUGGAGUAAGAAUGCUACUUGAUCAUUUGGGAGCCAGUCCAGAGGAGAUAAUGGCUAUUGGAGAUGGUGAAAAUGACGUUGAGAUGCUUGAGUUGGCUUCUCUGGGCAUUGCUCUCAGUAAUGGAUCAGACAAGGCAAAAGCCGUAGCUAACGUGAUUGGUGUCAGCAAUGAUGAAGAUGGAGUAGCCGAUGCCAUCUACCGCUAUGCAUUCUGAGCUUUUCGGUUCAAGCAAAAAGAGGAUGAACUGGCAUGACUUAUUUUACGUCGGGGCACAACACAUGCUCAAUAUUUGUUGUUUAAUUUGUCAGCUAGUGAACAGAAAUGUCAUUUUUUUUUUCAUUACAAAUAUGUCAUUGUUAACAUAUCCUCGGUAGGCUCAUUUUUUUUAUAGAUGGAUUUAUUGUAUCUCUGAAUAAGAUCUUUUGUUUCAAGGGUCUACUUGCAAGAGAAAUUGACAUGGUCAACCUGUCAGUUUUAUUA